AUGAACGCCGCGUCACUUCUUCUAACACAGAAAAAGGCCAUGUCCGGAAAGAAACAACUGCGAGGAGCUGGGAGUCACUGUCUGCAAUCAUCUGCCCUCCUCGGAGGGCUGCGGGACCUUCCUGAACUAGGCCAUGGUGUCGAUGGAACGUCUUCGCUGGGCGAGCGCGUGAUCCCGCAAAGGGUUCGCUUUGGCAGUAUGCUGGAGCUAGCUCUCGCUUUUGUCAGACUGCAGUUUUUGGUGAUUCCGGCGGUGGCCUUCUUAGCGUGGAACUCGCUUGGAGUGGAACCUCACCGGGUUUCUACGGCUAAGUCCUGUCAGCCUGUGUCAUCGGUUGUUCCUUUCGCCGAUAUUGAGCAUGCGAUGCAUGUUUCCAAUUCGAUGGCCGGCAACAUCACGGCUGCAUACGAAGCGUGUCGUCUCUGGGAAGGGGUGUUUUGUUUGGAAAGGGACGCUUCGAUUCCUCCGUCAAUCGCCGCUGCUUGCUACGCUCUCCAAGCUUCUUGUCUAGUGAGAAUUGGCCGAGACGAUCAGGCGCUGCCGGUAUACGAUCAAGCCUUGUAUCUUCAGCAGCAUCUGGAACCCACGGCACAAGAAAGCGUCAGAUUGGGCAAGGCACACGCGUUGCAACGCUUGCUUCGUUACGACGAGGCUGUGCAAGAAUUUCGACGGUCGCCCCCGUCGAAAAAAGCUUUCUUGGGUGCUGUAACGUGCUCUUUGCGAGUUCGCGACUUCCAGGGUGCGUUGUCGCUUGUGGAGCGCUACAUCGACAAAUUCGGCUCCCACGAUGUGGAUGUAUCUGCGACCCUCGGAAUACUUAAAUACCUGCUGUCGUCGGUCGACAAUUCGUUGGCCGAGAAGGAACGGCACGUACUCUCCGGGAUACAGCACACCCAUCCCUUAUUUCAUUGGCUCGUAUCCUUGGGGAUUCUGAAAAGGAAUCCCGGCAAUUGCCUUCCAGUCCGGCCGUCGAUGGCGGACUUGGCUUCCAUUAACAAUGGUGCACUGGAUGAUCCAUUCCUAUACUUGCUAGACGACAAAGUGCGGCUUCAUGGUAUUCUGACACUGGUGCCGGAAGUAACGGAGACAUUCUGGCCGGAAACAAUUGCUCGCGAUGGUCACCAGCAGCAACGAAAUCUCAACGAAAGCUCGGCGGACGAACUUUGGAUUUGCAAGCAACGGGCCGGAUACGGCUCUCACGGCAAUAUUAUUUUGAGGGCUCGCGAAGCCCAACAGCGUAUGCGGAAUUUGUCGCCCGAUGAAAUUCUGCAAAAAAUGGUCGAUCCGCCGAUGUUAUUGGAUGGACACAAGUUCUCGCUACGAAUUUACGUUGCCUAUUUCAUGGCGGAUUCAUCAACACCCACGCCCUUGCAGAUAUUUCUUUCAUCACAAGGCCUCGUCAAAAUAGCGGCGCUUCCCUACGACAAGGGUGCAGCGAAACUUGAUCUUCGAAUGCACAUGACUAACUCUGGUCGUGAAACCUCGAUGCAGCAAGAAGAUUUGAUAUUUCUCCAAAGCUUGCUGGAAGAAGACGGCAAGGUUUCUUACGAUUGUCUUUGGACGUCGAUCAAAAACGCAGUGGCAACGACGAUGAAGUUGUACGCGAAGACGGUAAGGAAAGAACUGUCCCUAAACGAAAGCUUAAGAAUUCCGAUGGAAACUUUAGGGACGCUAGGUCUGCCCAAAAUACUCGGUUUCGAUUUUGUUGUGGAUUGCGGCGGAAAGGCAUGGCUCGUCGAAGUAAAUAGAUUUCCUGGUUUACAGCCGAGGGAUACACAGGACGAGCUAACAAAGCGUAGCGUUUUGGAAGAUGCGUGGAGAGUAACAAUGGCGCGAAAAUCCGUUGGGACUUUUCAUUUCACCAAUAGCUCCACCGGAAAUUCGGGUCUGGAAAAUAUUUCCUUUGUCGAAUGA